CACAGCCGCCUCCUCCCGGAGCUGCCGGUGCCCUGCGAAGCUGUCGGUGCAACUUGGUGCUGCAUCGGAGCCUCUCUGCUUCAUUACGUAACGCCGCUGCUGCCUGGCACGGAGCUCGCCUCCACGUCCUGCACAACUUCAGGGCACUGGGGAAUUGAUUGGCGCUAUUGGGGACCGACUGCCGUUUGUCAGCAGCUGAGGAUGCGUGGAUCUCAGGCCAUGGGCGCCCAGAGCUAAAAGCUGCGUGCAGUGGAGCAGGGCAUCUCCUGCAUCCCGGGUGCCCCCUGGGUUGGGGUACUGCUCUGCCACCCAGCAGCAUGGCCCUGGGGCUGCCUGUGCCAGCACAGGAGCAAGCUGCCAAGCUGCAGCCAGCCCCAGUUCUCAGCCUUUCCCUGCACAGUCAGGAUGGGUGCCGGGUGGUUUUGGUCCCUCGUUGCCCUGCAACCCUGGGCCAGUGGUGGGGGCCCCUGAGUCUGUCAGACCCCUCCUGGCAGCCUCCAUAGAAGAUCCCCAUUGCCAGUCUCCUUGCUCUUUUCCAGGGCUGGAUUGCUGCUCUGAACCCCGCUGGCAUCAUGGGGUCGUGCCGCCCUGGGGAACACCCCCGGCACCGGCCCCUGGUGAUGCUCCGGAGGAGGGCUGUGCUGGGGAAGCUGGAGGCAUUCCAGCCAGUGUGGAUGGAGGGAAGCUGUCUUGAAAUUUCCAGGCAGCUCCAACAUGCCACGUGGACUGCAGGGUCCAGGCAGUGGGUGCAGGGAGGUGCACGUGUCCUCCCCGCUGAGUGAGCUGCCCCAAGCCUGUGCCCCUGCCUUUGGGCUGCAGCUGCAGGAAGGCCCCAGCCGUGGCUCCACCAGCCAAACUUCAUCUUCCUUUACCAUCUGUGGGGAAAUGCACAUUGAUUAAGGAGCUGCAGGACCUCGGCAGGGAAGGAAGGAUAAGGCUGGAGAGCUUCCCUGGCUGGUAAACCCACCCUGCACCUUCAGAUUGGUGCUCUCACAAAGAGACAGAGAAGCUCUGGAGAUGGAGUUUGGGGUGGGCGCAGGGCACAAGCAGCUGCAAAGAACAGGAGGGUCACCUCAUGCCACUGCUGUCCCAAGAGCUCCACCAGCCUGGAGCCUUGCUGGCGUCUCUGCUUUGUGCUGCACCUUGCUGAAGCCUGCAGGGAUGGGAUGUUACACUGCAGCGGGUGUGAGCCCAUGGGGCUGUCACAGGGAACCUGCGCCAGGCGCUGGCUUCAGUGCUGGUGGCAACCCCACGGUCUUUGGAGGGACAGGGUCCUUUGGAAGGAGAGAAUCAUUUCAGAGCGUUUAGAUCAAGAAGAUAAAUUGAUGAGUGGUGAGAUAGGGCUGUUAAGAGACCAUUCUGAGCUUGGCCCCUGGCUGUCUUAUCAGCUGGAUUUCAGGCGUGAUAAGGGACUGAUGGAGAGGAGAAAUUUGGGAGAAGAGCAGAGGAGGAGGUGGGGCAGUGCGAGCGCAGUGUGGGGAUGGCUCUGCUGCUUCCCUUAUAGCUGGCAUUGAGAUUCUUCUGGGGGUGCUGCUGGGAGCGGGUGUGGACUUCUUGUGGGACAACCCCAGUCUGCUGGGCUGGCAAUGGGGCUGCUGGGCCACCGUCCUCUGCCCACACCCCCAUAACACCUCCGGGUUUGUCUCCCCAGAGCCCCCUGGCACCGCGUAUCGGGAUGAGGUGAGCACGGCGCUGCUGACCCCCAACUCCCAGGAGCAUGCCGAGCUGGGCCCGGCCGCGGCCCCGCACCCCCAUGGCAGUGCUGCAUGGAGUGGGUGCCCCUGCAGAGCACCAGGACUAAGCGCCGGAUCCCCGUGCGCCUUCCAGCACCCCACCAUGCCUCUGGUGUGGCUGCCGGACUGGAGCUGCUCCCUGGACGGGCUGCGAGAUUUCAUCGCCGCCGGCAUCCAGUCGUUCCGGGACUGCGACGGCGGCGCGCUGCUGGCCGUGGGCUGCCUGCUGCUGCUCUUUGUCUGGUACUGCUACCACGUGGGCCGCGAGCAGCCCCGUGCCUACGCCGCCGUCAACGCGCUGAUGCCGGGCGCCGAGGCCAACGGCGUGCAGAACGGCUUCGUCUACUGCCACGCGCCCGAGUGCGCGCGCUGCUCGCCCCACGAUGGCCUCAACCAGAAGCUCUACCACAACCUGCAGGAGUACGCCAAGCGCUACUCCUGGUCCGGCAUGGGCAGGAUCCAUAAGGGCAUCCGCGAGCAGGGCCGCUACCUCAACAGCCGGCCCUCCAUCCAGAAGCCGGAGGUGUUCUUCCUGCCCGACCUGCCCACCGCCCCCUACUUCUCGCGGGACGCUCAGAAGCACGACGUGGAGGUGCUGGAGCGCAACUUCCAGACCAUCCUGUGCGAGUUUGAGAGCCUCUACAAAGCGUUCUCAAACUGCAGCCUCCCGCAAGGAUGGAAAAUGAACAGCACGCCCAGCGGCGAGUGGUUCACCUUCUACCUGGUGAACCAGGGCAUGUGCGUGCCCAGGAACUGCAGGAGAUGCCCACGGACGUACCGCUUGCUCGGCAGCCUUCGCACCUGCAUUGGCAACAAUGUCUUUGGGAACGCUUGUAUCUCCGUGCUGAGCCCGGGCACCGUCAUCGCCGAACACUACGGCCCCACCAACAUCCGCAUCCGCUGCCACCUGGGUCUGAAGACCCCCAGCAACUGUGAGCUGGUGGUGGGGGGCGAGCCGCAGUGCUGGGCUGAGGGUCGCUGCCUGCUCUUCGACGACUCCUUCCUGCACACCGCCUUUCACGAAGGUCCCCCGGAGGAGGGUCCCCGUGUGGUCUUCAUGGUGGACCUGUGGCAUCCCAACGUGGCGGCCGCCGAGCGCCAGGCGCUGGAUUUCAUCUUCGCCCCGGGCCGCUGAGGUCAGUGCCGCGCUGUCAGGGUGAGGGCACCGCAGCUCCAGCGCCGCCUGCGGACGCUGCCCAGGGCAGGGGCUUCCUCGCAGCUCCGGGGCCUCCUCCUCCCGUGGGUCUUUUGUAAAUGGAACCUUCGACGUGUAUCAGCGGCAUCUCUUUCCUUCCAUCACGGCUUCAGGGAUUAUUCUCCACCACGGCGGCGCAUCGUGUUCCCUCCGUGGUUAGAUGCAGUCCCGCUCCCAUCCGUGUUAUGUUGCUCGUGUUUUGCAGUGUUCAGAAGUAGAGUUACAAGGGUGUUUGUUUGAAUGUGAUUAUGUGAAGUUUCUCGUGGUCAUCAAAAGGACAACGCUCGUGUGCCCAAGGCAGCAAAGCGGGGCGAAGCGCUGCGCUCAGCCUGCCCCUGCCCGCUUUGCAGUCCCCAUGCGGACAGACGGACGGACAGACAGAGGGCAGAAGGCCGCAGCGGCACCGCAAUGGGACAGCACCACCACGGGAUGGCACCGUGAUGCCCGCUGGCUUGGCUGCGCAUGGCCCAGGCAGCAAACCCACCCCACUGAAGGGAUGGCGUGCAGCCGGCCCUGCUCUGUAACCUCACCGGGGACGUUACCAAUGCCUGAACGUCCUCCCUGCUUUACCUGCAACCCUUGGUUUUCGCAAGCCGAAGCCGCAGGGGCGGGGGGGCAGGUGGCAGGGCAGAGAGACUGUGGUUUCCUGCAGGGAGGGCAGCGAGGAGUGGCAGCCAGCCCUCCUGCUGCUGCUCGCUCAUCCCCAUCCUGCAGCCAGGGCGAGCGCAGGGAGGCAGCGCCCACGCACCUGAGAGCACAGCAAAGGUUUCCAGGCUCAGCAUCGUCCUCCUCCCGGCUCCUCCUGGGGACGCAGCCCCACUCGAGAACGAUUUCUUUACCGAUUUUUCAGAUUGCAAGAUAAGGCAGAGAUUUCAAAUACAUCCGAGAUAUUUUUUACACCUGUCUUGUUACAGAGUAUCUGAAGUGCAUGAUUUCUACACGCAUUGAUUACUUGGAAACAGGCUCUGAGGAAGCAGGCUGGCUUGGUAACUGUCUGACAGUUUGGUAACAUUCCUACAGUGGAUAAGUAAAGAUUAUCAAUAAACCGUUGUGCUGAAAACAGACCAGGCUCUGCCUGCUUGUGUAACUGUUCCAGGGUAAAGCAAAACACAGAGGAGCUGGAUCCUUUCCUGAGCUGGCCCCAGCAGCUCAGCUCGCUGUAAGGAGAAAAGCAUUGGAAAUAACAGGAGCUGCAGGGUGGGAGGAGGCGAUGGGCUGAACUGGCAUGCAGUGAGUGAGGGCACGGCUUCAGCACAGCCCCAGCCCCCUGCCCGUGCUGGUAGGGGGCACAGGGGGCAGCUGCCUGGCAGCUCCCUGCCUCGAUCCCACCCCCCAGGUCCCUGCUCCCCUGCAGAGGUGGACAGCUGGCCCCAGCCUGCCCUCAGCCCCAUCUGUGCCAAGGCAGCACCAGGAACCACCACGCUGAUUCGGCGCUCUUCAGGCUCGGCAGAAGGGCCUUCCAAAAAGGAAAAUAAAUAAAUAAAUCCCCCAAGCCACGUUUUGGAAAAAAAAAAACAAAAAAAAAACGCUUGCAGCUGCCUGCAGUGACACGUCAAGGGCAGCAGGCAGCCUCAGCAGGAGCAGCCCUAGGAUGCCGUGCUGCCUCUCACACAACAUUUGCUGUUCUUCUGCACAAAAGCCAG